UUUUUUGUGGGGAAAUUUUCUCUUCAUUGUGUGUAGAUUCACACAUACAAAAGUGCUUUCGAAACAGCUGUUUAGCCUUAUGUAUGCAUAUUGCUGGCUGAGCCUUAUAAAAAUGCAACUGACAGUCGACCCAACAUCAGUGCAAAAGUGACAACACCACCACCUUUACCGGAGUCACUAUUACCAUGUAUUUUAAUUGUCUGCCCCCUCGAAUUCCAGUAAAUAACAAAAAAUGGCGGCGUCGAAAACAGCUACAUAUUUGAGUCCUACCUGGCCACGGAUGCUUCAGAAGCUUCUGAAGCGUUUCGGUCACGACGACACAGACGAGUGUUCUUGGUGCGGCCGAGGAAUCGUAGAGGACGCCGCCCACAUCAUCUUCGAGAAUGGACGUUUCUUAGCGAACAGAGAGGAACUAGAAGAAAGCAUGGGCAGACCUAUCACGGUGGACAACCUGGUCACGAGCAUGCUGGAGACCGCACGCAACAAGCACCUAUGCAGCAGCAGCAAUGGAGAACUCAGGAGAGUUGAGCGCAGAAAUCGGAGAACGGAGGAAGAUUAGGUAGCAAGAAUGCCUGGGAAGCAAUCAAUUAUACU